AGCAGCAGGAGUCAGGAUUGCACCACAACGUCGCACGUCAGCUACAGUGAAACUUGUAGUAAAAGAAGAGUCAGUGAACGUAGAAGAAGCAGCAGCGCGUGAUUCCAGUUAAGUAGGAGCAAGAUGGCGGUUGUGGUACGGAGCUUGCAGGACCAGCUUGAAAAAGCCAAGGAAAGUUUGAAACAUGUGGACGAUAAUAUUCGUAAAUUAACCGGACGUGACCCUAAUGAGUCGAGACCGGGCCAGAUCCGCCGGCUUGGCCCCAUGGCAGGCCUCGGUGGAGGUAGGGGUAGAGGAAUCAAUCUGCUCAGGCGUAGUCUCUCAGACAUGGGAAGCGGCGGCCCUCCUGCCAAGCAGAGGGACAUUGAAGGAGCCCUGCUGAGGCUGGCAGGGGACCAAAGGGCCAGGAGAGAUGCGCGAAAUGACAGCGACGCCGAGGAUGAUGAUGAUGUCAAAAAGCCGGCGUUGCAGUCAUCUGUGGUAGCUACCUCCAAGGAGAGAACACGCCGAGACCUCAUUCAAGAUCAGACCAUGGAUGAGAAGGGCAAACAAAGGAAUCGGCGUAUGUUCGGCCUGCUGAUGGGGACACUACAGAAAUUCAAACAGGAAUCCAAUAUCUCUUCAGAGAAGCAAAAGCGGCGCUCAGAGAUUGAGCAGAAGCUCGAGGUUCAGGCUGAGGCUGAGAGGAAGAAGGUGGAGAAUGAAAAAAGGGAGCUGUUUGAAGAGAGGAGAGCCAAACAGACUGAGCUGAGGUUACUGGAGCAGAAAGUGGAAUUAGCUCAGCUGCAAGAGGAGUGGACCAGCCACAAUAACCGCCUGGUGAAGUACAUCCGCACCAAGACCAAGCCUCACAUCUUCUAUUUGCCUGGAAAAAUGUGCUCCGCUACACAGAAACUCCUCGAUGACUCCACCAAGAAACUAAAUGUUGUGUUUGAGGAGAGGCGUGAGGCUUUUGCCGAACACCUCAGCAAGAUGGAGUCCCGCCCCCGGCGACAGCCAAACCGCGACCAGGACGGCAACACAGCAGCAUCUGGGACGGACCACUCGGUGGAGGGUAAGCCAGCAGGUCAGGUAGUCAAGGUGACAGGUAAUAAGAGGGAUGCAGAGAUGGAGGAAGAGGAGGAGAGGGAAGAGAGUGAAAAGGUAGGAAAUAGAAAGGUUACAGAGAAGGGGGGGAGGGAGGAGGAGGAGCUGGAAGGGUUACAAAAAGUAGAUGAGGAGAGGAUGGAGUUAGGUGAGGAAGGUAGUGAGGAGAAGAAGGAAGUAGAGGAGGGCAUAAAGGGCAGAGAGGAGAGAGAUGAGACAAGUCCUGGGUCAGAAGAGAUGGAGCUGGAGGGGGGGGACAGGAGUAAGGAAGAGGUGGGAAAAACAGACAACCAGGCGCUCAUAGACAUCCAAAAUGAAAAGGGCCAACACGCGCAGUCCCAUGAGCCAUCCAUAACCAGCCAAGAAGCACCCGACACCAGUCGGCAGCCCCAUCCCAGCCCCUCUGCAGGGGAACCAGCUGUACAGUCUUCAGACACCCAGGAGGCCUUUGCUACCCCAGAACCCCAGACAGCCUCCACCACGUCUGGACUGGAUUUCAUCAUGCCUGGCCUUGAGGUCCAGGACUCGGCAGAGGAGAGCCAGGCUGUAGAAGGGAAAUCAGGGGACGAAGUCCCACAAAAUCUUCCUGAUUCUCAGGAAGUCCCCAGCUCUACCGCUGCACCCUCCAAGGAGGAUGAGGACAGUGGGAGAGGGAGGAAGAAGGAAAAGGAGCUGAGGAAGGGCCGCAGCCAUAGUAACAGCUCCUCUUCUUCCUCCUCUGGCUCAUCCUCCAGCGGAAGUUCCUCUUCUUCCUCCGGAUCCAGCCGCUCCUCUUCAUCAUCCUCCUCCUCUUCAUCCUCAUCAUCCAACAGCAGCAGCCGAAGUCGCAGCCGAGACAGCGGUAAGCGCAAGAGGCCGUUGGACAAAGGCAGGGACAGGAAGAAAGAAGAACAAAGUCACAGCAAGAGAGGAGGGAAUAUCGGAGGAGGGAGGGACUCGAAGGGCUCCAAGGAAAGCAGGAAGAGGAGGAGCGAGGAAGGGAGGGCCAGGUCAUCCCGGAGCGAUAGGGAGCAUAGAGACAGGAAGGACAAGAGGCGCUAAUGUGGCUGUCGUUCGGCCUUUGUAUGGUCAAGUUGGCAAUCACAGCAAAACGGAGGGAAAAUAAACCUCCAUCUAUUUACUCAAUGACAUAUGAGAUGACUCAUUUUAAAUCUGCUAUUAAAAUGCCACAUUUCUUAAAGGCCUAGUGGAAGCUUUAACACAGGAUUUUUCUCAGUGUAGGGAUUUAUAAGAUGGUGUUUAAACUGAAGCCCUGUAUAUCUGGUUAUUUUUCACCAACUUUUUCCACUUGAUAGAACGUAAACUGGACUUUAAGCCGCAGUAGCACACACUUCUGACUGGGUCCUUACUCAGCAGGUUUGAGACCUCGUUUUAUUUCUGUAAUUUCUAGCCGAGAUUAGUUAUCUUGUCUGACGUGUGGGUUUCUCUGGCCCUACAAUGGAAAAAAUGUUAAUUGUUCUCCCUUUUAUUCAUCCUAAUUAUAAUGCCAUAGGCUGAGGUAUUGAUGGCCCUGAAAGCUGUUUUUCAAGUUGACAACCUCAUUAAUUUCCACUAUUUGAUGAAUGUCAAAGCCUUGUAUCAUCUUCUCAUGGGUACAUGUGUGAUCUGCUCAAAUACUGGCUUUUGAAAUGUUUUUUUUUUUUUUUUUUGUA